CCCACUCAUCUGCGCCAGCCCAACAAAUCUGACUUUUCCCCCGAGUGCUGUCACUCACUGAGCUCAGAGUGACUCCAGCGCACGGUCACCUGUGAGUGAAGUGUGAGAGACACUGAGAGACAACAGAGAGAGAGAGAGAGAGAGAGAGCGACGAUGAGUGUUCUGAUGCCGUCCAUGUUGGACGACGACCCUCACCUCAUGGCAGAGCCGUCCGUCCGUAUCUUUGAACAACCCAAGCAGCGUGGGAUGCGUUUCAGGUACAAGUGCGAGGGUCGCUCCGCCGGCAGCAUCCCCGGAGAGAAGAGCUCAGACAACAACAGGACGUACCCCAGUCUGCAGAUUUUGAACUACUCUGGUAAAGGAAAAGUCCGCGUCUACCUGGUGACGAAGAGCGAGCCGUUCCGUCCACAUCCACACGACCUGGUGGGAAAAGACUGUAAGGAUGGAUUCUACGAGGCCGAGUUCGGUCCAGACCGCAGAGUCAUCGCUUUCCAGAACCUGGGAAUCCAGUGUGUGAGGAGGAGGGAGGUGAAGGACGCCAUCGUCCAGAGAAUCACCCGAGGAAUUAACCCCUUCAACGUUCCUCGUGAGCAGCUGCUCCAGACCGAGGACUACGACCUGAACGUGGUCCGUCUCUGUAUUCAGGUGUCCCUACAGGAUGAAAACGGUCACUACACCCGUUCACUCAACCCCAUCAUCACCAACCCCAUCUACGACAACCGAGCUCCAAACACGGCAGAGCUGAGGAUCUGUCGCGUCAACAGGAACAGCGGCAGUGUCAAAGGUCAGGACGAGAUCUUCCUACUGUGUGACAAAGUGCAGAAAGAUGACAUCGAGGUGCGUUUCUUCUCCUCCGACGGCUGGGAGGCCAAAGGCUCCUUCUCCCAGGCCGACGUCCAUCGUCAGGUGGCCAUCGUCUUCAAGACUCCGCCCUACUACAACACCUCCAUAACGGAGGCCGUCACCGUGCGCAUGCAGCUGCGACGGCCGUCCGAUCAAGAAGUCAGCGAGCCGAUGGACUUCAGAUAUCUACCGGACGACAAAGAUCCGUACGGUUACAACGAGAAGAAGCGCAAAAGAGAACACCUGAUGAAGUUCUCGGGGUUGUCAGGGGGCGCUUUCGCUGGUGCUCUGAACAGACCGAAGGCAGUGGCGCAGAGUUCCUUAAGUCAUCUGAGAAAAGAUGCCCCCAACAUGUACCCCAGGCCUCAGCCCCCGCCCCUGAUGCAGCAACAAUCUCCCAUGUUCAGCCAGCCGUACCAGACCGGACCUCAGAAUGUCAUCAUGUCUCCACAAGUUCUCAACCUGGAGAUCAGCGGCUCGUGGGCCAAUCCCAACCCGGCGCUCUCUGUGGAUACGGUCACUAUGAACCAGCACCGAGCCAUGGGCCACCUGCCCCGACCUCCCAGCAGCAGCAGCAGCAGCAGGCAGCAGCAGCAGCAGCAGCAGCAGGAGGAGGUUCGACGUGGGCCUGGACCUUGACCUGGCCCGUACCAUCGUAGACUGGACCACAGCAGCUGUGAGAACAACACUUUACCCCAGCUGUCCAUAGGAGACCUGCAGUGCUUGGACACGGCGUCACAGUCCACUCUACGUAAUCCUUCAGAACCCGUGACCUUCCACGUGCAGCAGCAGAGGGACGGGCUGGGCGCUGACACUCAGAACCAGAACCAUCUGGCCAACCAGAACCAGGGACUUCAGACUAUGUGGCCCACCUUCAACACCAUCAAUACGGCCCAGGGCGCGUUUCUGAAUGGGUCGGUCAGCGGGGAUGUUGGCGGGGGGUCACAGGGUCUGGGGUCGUUCUCCUUCCUGGAGGAUAUGGAGGGAGAUGAUUUGUUGAAGAGUCUGGUUGGAGGAGGCGGCUCUCAGACGGGUUUCCAGCUGAAGCAGGAACCCCAGAUCACCAUGGUCCAGGAGAUCCACGGUCCCCUCCUGCAGUCCCAGAGAGAUACUGAAGGGGGCACUUACACCAAUCUUCUCAAUCGACCCAUGAGUAAAAGCACAAACAUGGAUCCCACCAUGCACGACAGCGGCGGAUGUUCCCAACCUCUGAAGAACCUGCGGAACCCGUACUCCAGUAACGGCGUCUCCUCAGACGGUCACUUUUCUACCUUGGCCGACUGGAUCAAAGCCACACGGCACAGUGACUGACCACUGGUCCACUGGUCCGCUGGUCCACUGGUCCACUGGUCCACCUAAUGACCCUACUUCUAUGUGGCCCGUUUGGCAGUAACGGUACAUGUAUGGUUACAUCUGUGGGUCAGUUAAAAUAGUAACACCCCCUCCCCCCCCCCCCCCCCAUAACUGUCCUUCCUCUCACUCCAACCGUGGGAGUGAAAGGUACGUUUUCAUUUGCUUGGUUGUGUGUUUUUAGUCAGUGUUUUCCUCCUUGAUGCCACAAGGGGUCAGUGUUUGCCAUGUUCUUCAUCACAAAAUGGGUUUAACAACUUGGACUAGUGACCAGGUUGGUUAACACUCUCCUAGAGAGAGGUGGGUUAAAGUCAGUGACCACACUGUUUUAUUCAUCGUUGUCGGACGCCAUUCAGUGACGUCAUUCAGUGACGCCAUUCAGUGACGUCAUUCAGUGACGUCAUUCAGUGACGCCAUUCAGUGACGCCAUUCAGUGACGCCAUUCAGUGACGUCAUUCAGUAACUGUCGUCAAAACAGCCGUGCUGAAAUGUCAAACCUAAAAGCACCGACAAGGCAUCGCAAAAUGUGGAUAGUUGGUUCUCAACACAUCGCCCCCUUGUGGCCGACGACUUUUUUCUGUUCUACUCCUUAGUCUAAGGUACGUGUCGGAGGUUGCGUCCAUUAUUUAAGACUUUCUGUGCACCAUGUAGAUGAGCGUGACACGACCGGUCGUUGACUCCUCUGUGUUUGACUCCAUCUGUUAAUAAUGUAACACAAAUAUAAAAGUCUUGUUUCAGAGUUAAAGCAGAAAGAAUCACCAAGAUACAUGUGUUUUUAUAUAAACAGUUUUUUUAUAAUUGUUGACUGUCUUCAGGAGUCGUUGUGCUGUUGACUGUACAUGUAAACGUCGGCCAUGUUGGAGUGUCGGCAGAAACACUGGAGAACAUGGCCAGCUAGUGAAAUUUCCAUUGAGGGAAGUUGAGGAAGCACAUUUUCUGUGCAGUUUUGUUUUCCUUCGUAAUGACUAUGUCAUAACAGUGAUGACAACAUUCAUCCAAGGUUCUCACACGUCGGGUUUUUUUAUAUUUCUCUCUUUAUUUCUAUGCAACAAUAGAUCAAUACGUACUUUUUAUAUUUCAUGGAGAAACAAUUUGAGAAUUGAAUAAGUUGUUUUAGCUACAGCCCUGGUCGGAAACAGACGAGCUGAUGUUGAUGAUGAAGAUGAUGAUGAUGAUGAUGGUAAAUUUAACCUUCAUGGUUACUUUGUCACCACUUGCCAGUGAGUCCAUUCACUCGUAAACAUUUUUACCAACAUUCCACACGUUUCACAGGGUUUGUGUUGUAAAUAUUGCUUUCAGAGAAAUAAUUUCUAAAUAAAAAAAUAAUCACAGAAA